AAUGGGUAGGAAACAAAAGCCAAAAACAAAAACAAACGCAAAACGCUAGCUCGUGAACACCUUUCGCUUCCAUGGACGACCAGACCGGAGCACCGCCACCGGCUCCGAAUUCGGAAGGCUUCGAUGAUCCGACAAUGGAGGACGAUCCUUCCUCGACGGUCCUCGAUCUCACCAGCUUCCAACUCCACGAUCUGGACUCGAUCGAGUUACCACCGAGUCUAACCGAGUUAGACGUGACGGCGAACCGCCUCACCAGCUUGGACACUCGGAUUGCAACCCUCUCGAACCUUAAGAAGCUCUCUCUCCGCCAAAACCUCAUUGAAGAUGCCGCCGUUGAGCCGAUCUCUCGUUGGGACGCUCUGUCCGGUCUCGAGGAGUUGGUGCUGAGGGAUAAUAAGCUAACGAAAAUACCCGAUGUUACCAUAUUCAUCAAGCUUUUGGUUUUCGAUGUUUCUUUCAACGAGAUUACGUCGUUACAUGGAUUGUCCAAGGUCUCCAGCAAGCUCAAGGAGCUCUAUGUUUCUAAAAAUGAAGUUGCCAAGAUUGAAGAGAUUGACCACCUCCAUGAGCUUCUAAUUCUUGAGCUUGGUUCCAACAGAUUACGGGUGAUGGAGAAUUUGCAGAACAUGACACAUUUACAAGAGCUGUGGCUUGGGCGGAAUCGAAUUAAGGUAGUGAAUUUGUGUGGGCUGAAAUGCAUCAAGAAGAUUAGCUUACAAAGCAAUCGCUUAACUUCUAUGACUGGAUUCGAGGGGUGUGUUGCUCUAGAGGAAUUGUACUUGAGCCAUAAUGGUAUUUCAAAAAUGGAAGGCCUCUCAACCUUAGUCAACCUACAUAUCUUGGAUGUAUCAAACAAUAAGCUAACGUCAGUGAAUGGCAUUGAAAACCUAACAAUGUUAGAAGACCUAUGGCUUAAUGACAACAGCAUAGACUCAGUUGAAGGCAUUGCUGAAGUUGUUGCUGGUUCAAGAGAGAAGCUCACUACCAUCUAUCUCGAGAAUAAUCCAUGUGCGAAAUCUCCAAACUAUGCUGCUGCCUUGAGACAAAUCUUCCCAAAUAUACAGCAAAUUGAUUGUCAUAUAUUUGCUUAAAGGUUUCCAUUGGCUUCAGCUCUGUCACCAUAAUUUUCAUGUGAGCACUGGAAAUCCAUAACUGCAAUGUAGGCAAACCUGUGGUUUGGGAUACCAAUUCAUUCAGGAUACUAAUUAGGGGCCCUAUCUCAAAGGGGCAGGUGCUACGAAAUAGUGAUAAAUUGCAAAAUCAUGGAUGGCUCAAGAACUCACUUGAUGAUUUUAAAACGAAUUUUCUGUGUUGUAUUAUGAAGUUCCCUGUUAUUUAGAUCACCCGGUUUUCCUUUUCCUCUUUCUUGCCAUUUUUAUGUGGCAGGUAAUGUUGAACUUUUUAAUCCUUCAUAUAUGACAUGUUGAUUGUAUCAGUUUUGAA